UUUUACAAUAUGUGCUAAUGUUACUUCACUUAUUAGAGAAAGAUGUAAUAAAUUUGCAAGACCCCAUUUUACAAAUUGUACAACUGAUAGUAUUGAAGACAAUACUGACAUGAACUUUAAUCCUAAAGACAUUGUCUAUACUGUUCUAAGUACUGAAUUGGAAAUUAAAUAA